UUCUUCAGACAUAGCUCUUCAUUUCCCCUCCCCCCUCUCUCUCUCUCUCUCCUAUUUCUCUCUCUACAAUUUUGAUUCCUCUCUCCCAGCAGAAGAAUGGCCGAUCAGCUCACUGACGAUCAGAUCUCCGAAUUCAAGGAGGCUUUCAGCCUAUUCGACAAGGAUGGAGAUGGUUGUAUCACUACCAAGGAGCUUGGGACUGUGAUGCGGUCAUUGGGACAAAACCCAACUGAAGCCGAGCUUCAGGACAUGAUCAAUGAGGUUGAUGCUGAUGGGAAUGGAACUAUUGACUUCCCCGAGUUUCUCAACCUGAUGGCUCGGAAGAUGAAAGACACUGAUUCCGAGGAGGAGCUCAAGGAAGCUUUCAGAGUCUUCGACAAGGACCAGAAUGGCUUCAUUUCUGCAGCUGAACUCCGCCAUGUUAUGACAAACCUCGGUGAGAAGCUGACUGAUGAGGAAGUUGAUGAGAUGAUUCGCGAGGCUGAUGUUGACGGAGAUGGGCAGAUCAAUUAUGAGGAGUUCGUCAAGGUCAUGAUGGCCAAGUGAGAACCGAUCAACUCAAAUCUAUAGUUUGAAAAAACAAAAACUAAAAAAAAAACUAUAACAGAAGGUGAACCAGGGCAGAUAAGUUUGAUGAGAUCUUAUGACUCAUUAGGAUUGUGUUCAUUCGGUAUUGUUUAGCUUAUGUUGGAUGUUGUCUAAUUUCUCGUUUGCAUGAUUUCUUAGUGUUGCACUUCAUCAUCUUGCUUGUUUGGUCAGAGUCCCUUGUUUAGGAGUUUGGGUUGUUAGUAUGUUUUCAUCCCGAUUUGGUGUUAUGAACCAAAACUAUUGGGAUAAUUGGUGGUGUUUCUGCUUUGUGGAUGAUUGAUUUUGAUGAUAUUCUAAAUCCUUUGUAUGUUUUUCUCUCUACAA